GAGCAUGCAAAUGAGCGAGGAGGCACUGACUAUGCCUAUCGCCUACCUCGCGAUAGCUCUCGGCAGAGUUCGACUCUCCUCGGCAGUGCAGUUGGGUUGGCCAUGCGCCCAUUGUCAGGAGAAGCGGUAAUUGCCAAUCGCGAACUCCCGACCGACAUGGUCCCAUCCAGUCGGCUGCUCUCGGAGGUUUCCCACGUGGGUGACCGUCCAUAAGAGUGCACUUUGCCGCACCCGAUGCAGCGACCGAGAUCCGAGAAGAGCACCCGACUUCAUCUCGACAUACAAUCACAUCUGGGCAGUUGGUUAACUGCGUCCAUUCAUUUUAGUCGAAGAGCCAUAUCGUGCAUCACCAAUGGCCUCCAUACUAAGACUCGCUGGUGGUCUCCUUGUCGCGGCCUCAGCCGUCGCUGGAUGGGACUUCCCGCAGAUCAUUACCAGAGACGUUGCCAUCAUUGGCGGCGGUGCUAGUGGCGCCUACGCUGCUGUCAAGUUGAAGCAAGACUACAAGAAGAGCAUCGUGGUGGUUGAGAAGGCCGGCCGCCUGGGAGGCCAUGUUUCCACCUACGAUGACCCCAAGACAGGCUUGCCGUUUGACUUCGGCGUGCAGACUUUCAACGACUACGACCCGGCCAGGGCUUUUUUUGCACGCAUGGGCAUCGAAGUCGGCUCCGCGCCCCGCACGGCCCUCACGUCGAAGUACGCCGACUUCACCACCGGCGCGGCUGUCAACUUCACCCCGCCUGCCAACGCCGACAGGACCGCGGCCCUGGGGCGUUUCCUGAAUGCUACCGCAGCCUACGAGCAGUACACGUUGCCAGGCUACUGGAAGUUUCCCGCUCCCGACAAGAUCCCCGCCGACCUGCUGCUGCCCUUCGGCCAGUUCGUCGAGAAGUACCAGCUCCAGGCCGCCGUCAACCAGGUCUUCCAAAUCACGGGCAUGGGUGUCGGUGACAUGGUAAACACCCUGACGAUGUACGUGCUUGCUGCCUUCGGCCAGCCCAUGAUCCGCGCCUUCAUCGGCCAGGGUGCCACCUUCACGCCCACCUCGCACCGUAACAUCGCGCUGUACGAAGCCGUGUCCACCCUCCUCGGCGAUGACGUGCUCUACAACACCACCGUCGUGCAAUCUCUGCGCACGCCGAUCGGCCACACCCUCUGGGCCAAGGACGCCUUGGGCAAGAGCACCAUCAUCAUCGCGCGCAAGCUGCUCAUGGCCAUCGAGCCGACCCCGGAGAAUAUGGACCCCUUCAACCUCGACCUGCAGGAGCAGUCCGUCCUCUCCAAGUUCGACUACUCCAACGUCCACGCCGGCAUCGUCUCGCACCCGUCGCUGCCCGUUAACGUGUCGGUGGUCAACACGCCCGCCGCCGCGGCCCCGGCCAACUACCUUGCGCUGCCCAAGUCCAACUUCAACGUCCGCUUCGACUACAUGGGCUCCGGCUCCGACCUCUUCCGCGUGCUGCUGGUCGGCGACAAGAAGUUUGACCAGGCCGCGGCGCAGGAGCUCGUCCGCCAGAACUUUGCCGGCCUGGUCAAGGCCGGCACCCUGCCCGCCACUGCGGACCCGUCCGGUGAGCUGCAGUUCCGCGCCUGGGCCAACCACGGCGCCAUGCACAUGCGCGUGUCCGCGGCCGAGCUCAAGAAGGGCUUCAUCCAGAAGCUGUAUGCUCUGCAGGGCCACCGGGAGACGUGGUGGACUGGUGGCGCGUUUGCCGUGCAGUUCCAGUCCAUCCUCUGGGCGUACGAUGAUAUCCUGUUGCCCAAGAUGCUGGCUUGAGGAAGUGGAAGAUGUUGGGUGGCAAGCUGGGAAAAGGGGGUUGGUUGAUCAGAGUUGGUUGAUGCAUGCUAUACUAAGAACAAAAUAUCCGUAAUAUUGUCGACUCAUCUAAAUACAUACGACAUCGGGUUGCAGUGUGCCCCUCUGCGCCUCUUAAGCAUCGGCUCCUUCCUGCCCUCGUCCUUCAAUGUGCCCCCGCGGAGCCUGAGGCUGCGAUUGUAUCGUGGGCAGAGCGACCACUAGAAAGUGCAUCCGGCGAGAGGCCCCUGCAGUCGCUGGGCUACAGAAGCAAACCACACGGUCUGACUGACGGGCCUACUGCUGCAUGUAGAGGAAGGUGCUUCUGAGACGAGGCCGAUACGAUAGGACUCAUAAUUCCAUUGAUCGCCGGCCGCUUGGGGAACAGAAACUAGUCCGGCAACUACCUUAUAGAGUACGAUGCUUCUUUUUUGGCG